AUGCAGCAGCCACGGUCCCUGGUGCUGCUGGGCGCCAUUUCUUCCGUUACCGCGGCUGCUGCGGGCAGUCUGCCGCGCGGUGUCGGCCCAGAAUUUGAGUCGUACUAUGUUAGCAAAACCGAGUUCACUUGCAUCACGGAUGCAUCCAUAAAGCUCAGCUGGGAUCGAGUCAACGACAACACGUGCGAUUGCCCCGACGGCUCCGACGAGCCAGGCACGGCCGCCUGUGCCUACCUCGACCCCCUCUCGCCACAGCAGCCUUUGCCCGGCUCGCCAUCUGGCAGCACGAGCACUAAGAAUGCGCUCCCAGGCUUCUGGUGCGUCAACAAGGGCCACAUUGGCUCUUAUGUGCCCUUUGUGUACGUAAACGAUGGCGUGUGCGACUACGACCUGUGCUGCGAUGGCUCCGAGGAAUUCGCGGGCGUUGGAGGCAUAAAGUGUGAGAACCGCUGCGAUGAGAUCGGCAAGGAGCAUCGAAAGCUGGAGGAAGAGAAACGCAAAAACAUGGAGAAGGCGGAGAAGAAGAGGAAGACGAUGGCCAAGGAGGCCAAGGAGCUGCGCAGACGCGUGGAGGUGCGGCUGGCAGACCACAUCGACGAGAUCAAGGAGCUCGAGGCCAAGAAAGCGGACCUGCAGAAGAAGCUCGCCGCUGUUGAGCUUCAGGAGAAGGGCAAGGUGGUCCGCGGCGAAGGUGGCGGAGGCAAGCUUGGCGUCCUUGUCGGCGUGGCCAAAACUCGGGUCAACGAGCUGCGCAACACCCUCGACGGUGUCCUUCAGCAACGCAAUCACCUGCGCGCUCAAGUCGAUGAGCUGGAGACCAUCCUGCGCAAGUUCAAAGAAGAGUACAAUCCCAAUUUCAACGACGAGGGCGUCAAGGCUGCCGUCAAGUCAUUUGAGGACUACUCCGCACGCCAGGAGACAGAUGUCAAGGACCAAAUUCCCGACUCGGAGAUUGAAGAGGUCCUCAAGGAGGACAGCGACACGAUUGGCGUGAACUGGAAGGAGUUUGAGGAGCUGGGUGACGACACCGAUAUCCUGUACAAUUUCGAGGCCUACUUGCCAACCUUCCUUCGCAACCUGAUUCACGACAAAGUCGACUCGCUGCGAGUGUGGCUUAUCCAGAACGGCAUGCUAGCCGACUCUGCGAAGCCUGGCUCUGAGUCGCACCUCGUCAAGGCGGCUCGCGAGGCCGUCGAGGCCGCUGACCGCGAGCUCAAUGACAAGAUUCGGAGCCGAGAUGACGAACAGGAGGACUUGAAGAAGGACUACGGCCCCGAAGACAUCUUUCGCGCCCUCAAGGGCAAGACGGUCAGCAUCGAGGCGGGCGAGUACACGUACGAGCUCACGUGGCUGGAGCGGACAUCGCAGAACUCCAAGAAGGGCCACGGCAACACCAACAUGGGCAACUUUGUGCGCAUCGACCGCGAAAUGGCCGACGACGAGGAGCGCCUCGACGGCAAGAGCCUGGGCAAGGGCGAGAGGAUGGUGAUGCGCUACGAUAACGGGCAAGGGUGCUGGAACGGGCCGCAGCGACGGACAGACGUGUGGCUGGGGUGCGCGGAGAAGGAGGAGCUCUGGAGGGUCAGCGAGGCAGAGAAGUGCGUCUACAAGAUGGAGGUUGGCACCCCUGCGGCGUGUGAGCCCGCGGCCAAGGCGGCGCAUGCCGGCAAGGACGAAUUGUAG